AUGGAUAUAUCAUCAAAGUUCUCUGGUCUAAUGGAGGAUUCUAGUGACCUCCGCGAUCGGCCUAGUAUUAUAUCACGUUUCUUCUCAAGCCUAACAGUGAAAUACCAGUAUUAUUUGGAUAAAUUAACUCCUUAUGGUUCUGUUCGAUGGGGAAUCGCUAUUGCAUUCAUAAUUUUGUUUUUAUGGCGGAUCAUCGAAAUACAGGGUUUCUACAUUGUUACAUAUGCACUUGGAAUUUAUUAUUUAAAUUUGUUCCUUGCGUUUCUAACUCCAAAAAUAGAUCCGGCAUUGGAUUUCGACAGUGAAGAUGAGGACGGACCAACGUUGCCGUCCAAGGGAAACGAAGAAUUCCGCCCAUUCAUGCGACGUUUACCAGAAUUCAAGUAUUCAACUGUCAAGGCAACUAUCAUUGCAUUUACAUGCACAUUUUUUGAGAUAUUCAACGUUCCAGUGUUUUGGCCGAUACUCGUGAUGUAUUUUAUUGUGUUAACAUGUCUAACCAUGAAACGCCAAAUAAUGCACAUGAUAAAGUAUCGCUAUAUUCCUUUCACUACGGGAAAACCGCGAAUGCGUGGAAAAGAAGAUUCUGGUGUGGUUGUGCAAGGCUAG